ACCUCACUCACCUCCCACUCUCUCAGAGCCACUCUCUUUACUCUUUUCAAAAUACAAAAUAAAUCGCUCUCUUCUUCUCUAGAGUUCUCGGAGCUCCGAUUAACUCGGUGGAUGAGCCAAACAGCGAAAUGUCUGUUUGGUUUCUGAUGAAAUUUGAAGAAGAUGCCUCAGCCUAAGUCAUAAACCAGGCGUGGUUCGAGAAGUGCAGGUCCAAUGAGCAUCCCUUUAUAUUAGAGUUAUUCCAUUACUCUUCUACAGGGCAUGCAAAAUAUGAAUAAAGAAAAUGCAACUGCUGCCAAAGUUGAAGAGCCUACUUCAAGAAUCACAAGAGCACGAGCUAAAGCCUUGGGGAUCUCAGGAGGGGUAUUGCCCUCUGCAAAACCUACCUUUAAACUAGAGGAGCAGCGUGCUCAUAAAGUGAAUUCCAAAAGAGCAGCCGGCGAGAACAAAGCUUCUAUGACUGCUACCUCUGGCCUGCAUCAUAAAAGAAGGGCAGUGCUUAAAGAUGUAACUAACAUCAGUGAAAAUGCAAACAUCAACUGCAACAAUUUUGCUAAAGUUCAGGUGACUGCCUGUGGUCCUCCAAAGAAGAUGGCAAAGGUGGCUGCAGAUGUCUCUGUAGAAACUCUACCUGCUGAAGAUGAUGUGAAGUCAAAGUUAGCUGAAGAGUUAUCCAAAAUAAGGAUGGUGGAACCACAAGAAAUCAGCCUGCCAGUUACACUGAAAGAAAGAGAGCCAGUCAAACUGAGCAUUUGUCACAACACUGAUGAUUGUGGCGAAGCAGAUAUGAUUCUUUCAGAAGAUGCUUCUAAGAAACCUACAAGGCCUCUAAACACAGAAGAAAACAAGUUGUGCCAGGAUCUGCAAUCAGAUGAUCCAUGCAUUAUUAAUAUUGAUGCAAACUUGAAGGAUCCUCGAGUAUGCAGCUUGUAUGCUCCUGAUAUAUACAACAGAAUACAUGUCAAAGAGCUUGACCAAAGACCUAAAACUACUUACAUGGAAAAUUUGCAGCAAGAUAUCACUCCAAACAUGCGGGGAAUUCUGAUUGAUUGGCUUGUGGAGGUUUCUGAAGAAUAUAAAUUGGUUCCAGACACACUAUACCUCACAGUGGAUCUAAUUGAUCGGUUUCUCUCCCAAAAUUAUAUACAGAAACAAAAACUACAGCUUCUUGGUGUCACUUGCAUGCUAAUUGCCUCAAAGUACGAAGAGAUCUGUGCACCACGAGUGGAAGAAUUUUGCUUCAUCACAGAUAAUACUUACACAAAAAGAGAGGUGUUGGAGAUGGAGAGCCGAGUUUUGAAUUUCUUGCACUUUCAAUUAUCAGUCCCCACCACAAAAACAUUUCUCAGGAGAUACAUUCAGGCAGCACAGGCUUCUUAUAAGGUUUCCUGUCUGGAACUUGAAUUCUUGGCAAAUUAUCUAGCAGAGUUGACUCUUGUUGAAUAUGACUUCCUAAAGUUUCUUCCUUCCCUCGUCGCUGCAUCUGCAGUUUUCCUUGCCAGAUGGACCCUCAAUCAAUCAGAGCACCCAUGGAAUCCAACCCUGGAGCACUAUACUCGUUAUAAGGCAUCAGAAUUGAAAUGUACAGUUCUAGCAUUAGAAGAUCUGCAGAUGAACACUAAUGGUUGCUCGCUCAACGCGAUACGCGAAAAGUACAGACAGCAAAAGUUCAAGAAAGUGGCAACUUUGAGCCCAACAGAGCGAGUCGAAUCACUCUUCCGAAGAUGAAAUAAAGGUGAUUAUUAUUAUUCAUUAAGUAGACAUAUAAUUGGGUGUUGGAGGGUGAUCUGAUCCUGAUAAUUUAAAACUAUGGCCUGUGUUUAUGGUUGUUGUAGCAUCUUAUCUUGUUCUUCUGGUGCUUCCAGAUCGAAAUUGUAACAUUUAAUUGGUAGAGUGUGACACAUUUAGAAUAAUUUUUCAUAGGUAAGUCUUAAAGUAACCCCUCUCAGUUACAACUGUACUAGGCCUUCGCAAGAGUACUUGGACUUGAAAGUACUUCUGUAUCUAAACCUUGAUGAUUCUCACAAGAAGAAAAUAAAUAUUGUUUUCUUUCUUUA